CAAGCUUCGUCAGAUCACCGUCCGUAUGAUUCGCAUUCGGUGUGGAACACGUUGUUGAAUCAACAUCGCUUUUACCUGCAGGCACACCGGCCCUAGGUACCGGCGCGCACGUACUCCGCGAGCGUCGAUUUGCGCGUCCGCAAUCGUACGGAACAAAAUGUUCGUAUAGAAGUGAAAAUUAAAUAUAAUCGUGACAAGAAUUUAUAACAUAGACUUUUAAAUUAAAUUUUACAUAAACAUGGCAGUGUUAUUCAUUAAGUUUUUUGAUGUGAUCCCAGUGCGGUUUAAUCUAUGGAUAAUGUUGUUCACGAGCUGUUGGAUCAUUUACAUGCUCCGGGUCAACAUGAGUCUAAAUCUCAUCGCUAUGGUUCCGCGCCCUCCUAAAAAUAACACUAUACAAUCUCAGUGUGAGCCGACAGACGAUGUCACAAACGCAACACUUCGUCAUGUGGACAUUACUGACGUCAGAGAAGCACCUAGGCAGGUGCCUGGUGAGACCUUCGAUUGGUCUGCUGAUCAGCAAGCUCUGAUACUCGGCUCGUAUUUCUGGUCGUACCCAGUGACGUCACUAGUGGGCGGAAUGGCGGCGGAACGUUGGGGCCCUCGCUAUGUAGUGCUUAUUAGCACAGCAGUCAGCGGUAUACUCACUGCACUAAGUCCAGUUGCCGCUACUAUAAAUAACAUCGCCCUGGUAGUUGUGAGGUUCUUACUCGGUCUAGCGGGGGGGUUUAUAUAUCCAGCACUGCAUGUACUAGUAGCACGAUGGGCUCCACCAGCAGAGAAAGGGAAAUUCGUUAGCGCCAUGAUGGGUGGAACUCUAGGGACAGUAGUGACUUGGUCUCUAGCUGGGCCGCUUAUAGAGAAAUUUGGAUGGGCAUCAGCUUUUUAUGUACCCGCAGCGAUAACAUUUUUGUGGUGUUUCUUAUGGUGGUAUCUAGUUGCAGACGCGCCUAAUGAACAUCCUAGGAUAUCAGAUACAGAGAGAAAAUAUAUAUUAGACGCCCUCGGAGACAAGAUUCAGAAAUCCAAAGGUCUACCGCCAUUCAGGAGUAUAAUUACAUCAGUUCCAUUCUUGGCUAUGGUGUUAAUACAUUACGGAAACCUUUGGGGACUAUAUUUCAUAAUGACUGUGGGACCAAAAUUUGUCUCCAGUGUAUUAGGUUUCGAAUUAUCUGCUGCGGGUGUUAUUUCAGCACUACCUUAUUUAGCUAGAAUGUUUUUUGCAGCCAUAUUUGGAGUUAUUGGUGAUUGUAUACUGGCACGAAACUUAAUGACUACCACUACUAUUAGAAAGUUCUUCUGCUUAUUUUCGCAUAUUUUACCUGGACUAUUGUUAGUAUUACUAGUAUAUGCUGGCUGUUCUACAGCACUCUCUGUAUCUCUAAUAACAAUGUCCAUGGGUUUUAACGGAGCAGCGACGCUAACAAAUCUACAAAAUCAUCAAGACCUCGCUCCGAAUUAUGCUGGAACAUUAUAUGGAAUAGCAAACUUUGUAGGCAGCACAGCUGGUUUCUUUACGCCUAUGAUUACAGCGUACUUUACCAAAAACGGGAACUCUUUUGAACAAUGGAGGCCAGUAUUUUUCAUAGGUGCGUCUGUGUAUGUAGUGUCUGCGCUAUUUUUCAUAUUGUUUGGAAAUGGUAAUAUACAAGAAUGGAACUUCCCAAAGGAAAUCACUUCUGAAAGUAAAGACGAUAAAGAAAAAAAUGGAGAUCUUAAAGACAUGAAGGCAUCAGCAAUGAAAAAUGGCGAUGUUAAGGAUACCAAGGAAACUUCACUAAAUGUAAGUAGUUAGAUGAGAAAUUGUAUGGUUUAGUGUUAUUAAACCUAAAUAAUUGUAUAAGUAUCUAUAGAAAUGAAACUGACUGAACUACGAAAUCAAUUGGUAUGGUAGGUACGUUUAGUAACCAAUGUGCGAAAUAUCUAACGUAGGUUUGAUUUUUUAAGUUUGACUUUAUUAAAGUACUGUAACUAAAUCACAACCUAUACGUAGAAUUAUUUAUGUAAUUCGAAAGAUAUUUAUUACGCAACUUCCACUGCUAGGUCAUUAAUAAAUUUGUUUUGUAUUUAAUUAAAUUAUUGAUUUUAACGCAAUUAAUUGACAUGAUAAAUUUAGUCACAAUAAAUUUUGUUAAUAUUUAUUACUAAACACUUAUUUUCUGUGAUGUUUAUUACCAAAUUUAAUACUUACCUAUAAGUUUAGUGUCGUCUGAAUUGUAUUAUUUACUUAAUAGAUUUGUAUUUAAUCUCCGCAACUGUAGUUUAUUUCAAGUGACUAGUUGAAAUCAAUUGUAGAUGGAGUAGUGGGUUUUAACAACCGUGGUUUCUUCGGUCACGUAUUGGUUUUCACCGUUGCGAAAGAUAGGUAUUUCAACAUUGUGAAAAAAAUAAGUAUUACUUAUUACAAAAAAUUGCAAGUCUAUAUCUAUUGCGUCGAUUAUUUCGACUAAUAACUAUAGUCAUAUCUUGAUUUACUAGAAAAUUACAUACCUACUAUAGAAUGUUUAAUGUAAAAUAAUGCGGGUGAUGUAUACUUGGCAUUCAUAUUAUUUUAAACAUAUUGUUGCCAUUUUGCAAUAAACUAGUUAAGAUGUGAUUAAGAACUGUUAAUUAUGAUAUAAAUUCCUGUACCCAUCAUAUCGCAAAUUUUAAUCUUUAUAAUAUAACUAUUUCCUAAUUAUUGAGGAUGUAUAGUAGAAUAUUUUGAAGAUUUGGUUAGUUAUUGUAAUUAGUGUUUGGAGUAUUCAUAAAAUCAAAAAUACAAUAAAAUAAUUUCAAAAUAAGUAAUACGUAGCGGUGAAUUAACUAGUGUCAGUAUCAAUACUAAAAUAUGAAGGUGUAUUGAGGAAAACGUUUACAAAAAUAUUUUGUCUAGAGUUAUUUGAGUAUAAUUCGAUAAAACAAAAAUUAUUAUAAAAUGACGUGAACAUUUACAUAUAUUUUUUCGAAUUAUAUGAAUAAUGCAAAUUGACUAAUUUACCAGUCUAACUCUAAUUAUUGCAUCGUUUAACACGCGAUGAUAUUGGCAGGUUUUUAACAUUCCUAAAUUAUUUGUGUAUUUCAAUAUUUUAUGAUAAGUACUUAGUUUAAAACUUAAUAAUCCUUAGACUAAAUCAUAUUAAUGUAGAAUAUUACGUUUAUCCUAAUGGACUUUAAAAUUAAUUUAGUUUAACUUAUGACCAGUGGUCGAUAAGAAAAUAUUUAUUCUGUGAUGUUAUGAUCUACCAUAAUUAAGAAAUUAUGAGUGAUAUGUUUGGCUUAUACUUAGACAUAAUUAAAUCUGUAUCUAUUGCAAAUAAAUUUAAAAAUAAUAAUAAA